UUCCUGCAUUGAAAAGUUUGUUUUGGUAUCUUGUGUCGUUCGGGUUUGUUAGGUUUUUCUCCAUUAAAAGUUUUAGGCUAGGGAUUCUUCGACGUAAGAAGUUAGCGAUUAUCAAGCUAAGAACCAUUGGUUUAGUUUUAGAAUUUUAUAAUAAUUAAUUUUUCUAAUUAAUCAUAUGGAACAACUGAAAAAUAUGAAUUUAUUGGAUUUGCCGAAUGUCAUACUUGUCGAAAUCUUCGAAUAUCUGUGCUACGAAGAAGUCUCUAAAAAACGACUGGUUUGUCGUAGAAUAGAUCAAAUAUGUCAACGCGUACUCACUGCUGGAUUCAAUAGGGUAGUACGACAGCAUUCAAUAAGCUCCAAGCGUAUCAAAUCGUUGUUACCACGUAGAGAAUCUGAAAGGCGAAACCAUUGCUUAGCUCGACACGCUGACAUACUUACGUCCAUUGAAACACGUAUCUCAAUGCUUUCAAUGACGUAUGGUAAGUAUAUGGAUCUUAGCUUAUGUUGUUUUAUACCUGGCAGAGUAUUGGAUGAAAUAUUUCGCAUACUACGUUUAAUUUCCAAAACGGCAAAACAACUCAGGCCGCACGAAGUACUACAAGAAUUACGAGACAUUUCCUCUAUGGCAAUAGAACAUUUUGAUGAAAAAAUUGUUCCAUUAAUUAAAAAACCUACAAUGCCUGAAAAAUACGUUUGCAAGCCCUCCACAAGCAUCUCACUAUUUGGGGAUUGGUUGUCUCCACAAUCGUCAUCGACUUCAACUCUAACAGAGAGUAGUGCGAUUGCAGAAAGUAAUAAUACUUCAUUAAAAGUUUUACAAGAGCGUGUUAACAAUUUAAUUAACAAUUUGGGACGUACAGAUUUUCUAGCUGAAUUUAAGAAGCAACAACCUACAGUUGAAGCCACAGAACGAGUGCUUAGUUGUUCAUACCCACAUAAUUGUAAAGAUGGCCGAGCUGCUCUGAUGUAUUUUAGAAAGCUAGAGAUUGAAUAUAAGAAAAGCAUAAUGAAGAUACACCGUAUGCAGCAGUUUCAAGUAGAAACAACACGUCAAUUGCAGCAAACAAUGACUACAGUUAACGAACUGUCAACCCAUUUAAACGAUGUUAAGAAACGCUUGUUAGAAGUUGAUGCGAAAAAUCGAGAGCUAACUGCUAAUAUUAAACAGAUGAAGAGUGGUGAGCUUCCAUCUGUCCCUGAUGUUAAUGUUAAUGAAUCAACUAGUGACAAACUAACUGAUAACAACUCUUCAAUUGCGGACUGUAGUAGUAUUUCUCCAAUUACUGCCAAAAAGCGUCGUCAUACCAUAAACUCUAUUUCUGAAGCACUUGAUACUUCUCUUAUUACUAUUGCCUUUAAGCCUCUCGAAGAAUACACAAAUGAUGCAAAAAAACCAAAACUUGAAUAGUGGACUACUGUAGCCACUGAAUACUUACAGAAAUUAUCUGUAAAAUUGGUACCUAAUAUAUAACCGAAUAUAAUAAUUCUCAGCAAUCGUAUUAAUCUUUAACCAAACAUUACACAUUUAAUUUUAUAUUCACUAAAUUUUUAAACUUACUGUAAUCAUAAUUAAUAUUAGUUUUCAUUUGAUUAAUGAAAUAUUCCACUGUAGCAAGCAACAAUAAAAUAAAGUU